AUGCUGCGCUCGCCGCUCCCCGGCGCAACAGCUACUCUCCACGCAAAGGAGAAUAGCAGAUCUAAGAAGUGGCGGGAGAUGGCUGUGGUUCGGAAGAGAGGGGAGCGGGGAGAAGAAGGAGGUAAAGGAGGGGGAACAGAAUGGGGAUUCGUCACGGUGGAUGCUAAGUUGAUUAGCAGAACUUGGAAGGGGAUUCCAGAUUGUUGGAGAGCGGCGGCAUGGCAUGCGUUUUUGACGGCAAGCGCUAAGAGACGUGGGAUUGGGAGGAGUGACACUGAGUUAGUGACGAUAUAUACUGAUUUCAUAGAACGGCCAUCAGCAGAUGACGUCCAGAUAGACCUAGACGUUCCUCGAACAAUUAGUUCCCACAUCAUGUUCCGACGCAGGUAUCGCGGCGGCCAACGUCUCCUCUUCCGCACCCUCCACGCCCUCUCACUCUACUUCCCAGAGGUAGGCUAUGUUCAGGGAAUGGCGAGUCUAGCGGCAACACUGCUGUGCUACUACGAUGAGGAGACAACCUUCAUAAUGCUGGUGCGCAUGUUCGAAUUGAGGGGAUUGGAGAAGCUUUAUCAGGCUGGGUUCGGUGGAUUGAUGCAAGCCUUAGACGAGUUUGAGGGCAGUUGGAUGAAGGGUGGACAAAUUAGCCGGCGAUUGACAAGCCUAGGUGUAACCCCAACUACCUACGGAACACGUUGGUACCUAACCCUUUUCAACUACUCGAUGCCCUUCGCAGCCCAACUCCGGGUCUGGGACGUCUUCAUGCUCCUCGGUGACCCGGACCCAGCCUCCAGCGCCGUCACCCCCGCCUUCAGUGGGAGUCUGGACGUCCUACACGCAACCAGCGCCGCUUUAAUCGAUGGGAUGAGGGAGAUCCUGCUCAAGAGUGACUUUGAAGGCUCCAUGAAGGUGCUGACCAGUUGGAUUCCGGUAAAGGAUGAGGAGCUGUUGAUGAAGGUCGUUAAGGGGGAGUGGAAGGGGAGGAGAAAGAGGAGGUCUAGGGGUGGCGGGAGUGGCGGAGGUGGUGCUGCCAGUGGGGGAGGAGAAGGGGGAGGAGGUGCGAGCCCGGUGCCGCAGUCUUAG